CCGCAGUGAGCGAGCAUCGAGGGCGUGAGCGCGCAAAGAGCUGUUGCUCAGAGCAGCACAUGAGCGUACGCGCUCCUCUCAGAUUAUUAUUCUCAUCAUUUUAUUAUCGAUUUGUGAGCGAUUGACUGAUUGAUUGAUAUAUUAUGUCUGUGAUGGAGGAGUACGAGCGCGCGCCAAAGCGCCUGAAGGUGUCAGCUGAGGACGAGGAGGAGCUGGAGGAAGGCGAGGAGUCAGACUCAGCAUCCCCGGGGCUCAUGGGUGAAGAUGAGGAGGAUGAAGGGCAAAGAAGAGCUCGAUGGAGCUCCUCGGAUAGGAAGGACAACGGCUCGGAGACUCACCGCAUCGCUCCGUCUCCCGUCGUCCACGUUCGGGGGUUGUGUGAGUCUGUGGUGGAGGCUGAUCUGGUCGAGUCCUUGGAGAAGUUCGGAAACAUCUGUUACGUGAUGAUGAUGCCGUUCAAGCGCCAGGCUCUGGUGGAGUUCGAGGAGGCUCAGAGUGCCGACCGGUGUGUGUCGUGUGGCUCCCAGGAGCCCGUGUACAUCGCGGGCCAGCAGGCCUUCUUCAACUACUCCACCAGCAAACGCAUCACACGGCCCACCAACGCCGACGACCCCAACAGCGGCAACAAGGUCCUGCUGCUGUCCAUCCAGAACCCGCUCUACCCCAUCACUACGGAUGUUUUGUACACAGUCUGUAAUCCGAUCGGAAAUGUGCUGCGGAUCGUCAUCUUUAAGAGGAACGGAAUCCAGGCCAUGGUGGAGUUCGAGUCCAUCCAGAACGCCCAGAAGGCCAAAGCUGCCCUGAACGGGGCCGACAUCUACGCCGGCUGCUGCACGCUGAAAAUCGAAUACGCUCGGCCCUCACGCCUCAACGUCAUCAGAAACGACAACGACAGCUGGGAUUAUACCAAACCCUUCCUGCUGAGACGAGAGCGCGGUAAAGGCCGACAGCGACAGGCCAUCCUGGGAGAACAUCCGUCCUCAUACAGCGACAACGGAUACGGCUCGCACUGCCCCCUGCUGCCUCUGCCCAGUAAUAACCGCUUCAAGCGAGUCUCUCAUCAUGACGUCCCCGAGGUCGUGUCGUAUCCGCUUCCUCAGAGCUCCGCCUCCUACAUGGGCCACGCCUCUAGCGCUGUUGCCAUGGUGAACGGCCUGCAUCCCAACAAGAUGAACUGCACUCGCAUCUUCAACCUCUUCUGUCUCUACGGCAACAUUGAGAAGGUGAAGUUCAUGAAGAGUGUCCCAGGCACAGCUCUUGUAGAGAUGGGUGAUGAGUAUGCGGUCGAUAGAGCGAUCACACACCUCAACAGCAUCAAGGUCUUCAGCAAACGGCUCAACGUCUGCGUGUCGAAGCAGCACGCUGUGAUCCCCAGUCAGGUGUUUGAGUUGGACGACGGAUCCAGCAGCUACAAAGACUUCGCCAUGACCCGCAACAACCGCUUCACCAGCGCCGGCCAGGCGUCCAAGAACAUCAUCCAGCCUCCGUCCUGCGUCCUCCACUUCUACAACGUCCCGCCCUGCGUCAGCGAAGAGGACCUGCAGCGGUUAUGCACAGAACACGACGUCCCAGGAUUCAUCAAAUACAAAGUGUUUGACGCCAAACCCAGUUCAAAGACCAUCUCUGGCUUGCUGGAGUUCGACAGUAAAACUCACGCCGUGGAGGUUCUGACGGUUCUCAAUCACUAUCAGAUCCGGAUACCCAAUGGUUCGAACCCGUACACGCUGAAGCUGUGCUUCUCCACCUCCUCACAUCUCUGAGCCGGAGCGUCUCCAUCUCGGCUCCUCUACUCACGUUUCUGUCCUCAUCUG